CCCAAAUCUGCCUCACUGCAUCCAUCGGCCUUUAAAUCAGAUUUUCCAGAAUUUGCAAAGCAGAUCGAAACAACUGAUAAUCAUGGAGCAUUUCUACCUUUCCCUUCUCCUUCUCUUCGUUUCUUUCGUCACUCUCUCUCUCUUCUUCCUCUUUUACAGGCACUGGUCCAUGUUCGCCGGCGCCAACCUCCCUCCGGGCGCGAUUGGUUAUCCGGUGAUCGGAGAGAGUCUUGAGUUUCUGUCGACCGGAUGGAAGGGCCAUCCCGAGAAGUUCAUAUUCGAUCGCAUGCACAGGUUCUCGUCGCAUAUCUUCAAGACCUCCAUUCUCGGCGAGCCGGCGGCGGUGCUCUGCGGGCCUUCAUGCAACAAAUUCUUGUUCUCCAACGAGAACAAGCUCGUUACCGCGUGGUGGCCAGACUCCGUCAACAAGGUGUUUCCGACGUCGCUUCAGACGAACUCCAAGGAAGAAGCGAAGAAGAUGAGGAAGCUGCUUCCUCAGUUCUUGAAGCCGGAGGCUCUGCAACGUUAUAUCGGAAUCAUGGACGGCCUCGCUCAGAGACACUUCGCUUCAGGAUGGGAAAACAAGAAGGAUGUCGCCGUCUUCCCCUUGGCCAAAAGAUACACCUUCGCGUUGGCUUGUCGGAUAUUCCUGAGUGUUGAAGAUCCAAACCACGUGGCGAGGUUCGCCGACCCAUUUCAUCUGUUAGCUUCAGGGAUAAUAUCAAUGCCCAUAGACUUACCAGGGACGCCAUUUAACAAAGCCAUAAAAGCUUCGAGGUUCAUAAGGAAGGAGCUUUUGGAGAUUAUAAAGCAGAGAAAGGUGGAUUUAGCAGAUGGGAAGGUUUCUGCAGCACAAGAUAUAUUGUCUCACAUGUUGACGACGAGCGAUGAGAAUGGGCAGUUCAUGAGUGAACUGGAUAUUGCUGAUAAGAUUCUUGGUCUUUUGAUCGGAGGCCAUGAUACUGCCAGUGCUGCCUGCACUUUCAUCGUUAAAUUUCUUGCUGAGUUGCCUCAUAUCUAUGAGCGCGUUUACCAAGAGCAAAUGGAAAUUGCAAAAUCAAAAGCCCCAGGGGAAUUACUGAAUUGGGAUGACAUCCAAAAGAUGAAAUACUCAUGGAACGUAGCUUGUGAAGUCAUGAGACUCGCCCCUCCACUCCAAGGAGCUUUCAGGGAAGCCAUCAAUGACUUCAUCUUCAAUGGUUUCACAAUCCCAAAGGGCUGGAAGCUGUAUUGGAGUGCAAAUUCAACUCACAAGAACGCAGAAUACUUCCCAGAACCAGACAAGUUCGAUCCGACAAGAUUCGAAGGAAAUGGUCCGGCACCGUACACCUUCGUACCGUUCGGAGGGGGUCCGAGGAUGUGUCCCGGAAAGGAGUACGCUCGUCUGGAAAUUCUGGUGUUCAUGCACAACUUAGUGAAGAGGUUCAAAUGGCAAAAACUGCUUCCUGAUGAGAAGAUUAUUGUUGAUCCUAUGCCUAUUCCCGCCCAAGGCCUUCCUGUUCGUCUCAUUUCCCACCAACCUUGAAACCAAGAUUAUCACUUCUAUGUGGCCAUCACAUCAAUUACUAGCUCUUCCCUUCUUUGUUCCUUUCUUUUUUUCUUUUUUCCCUUCGAAUUUAAUAAUGCUGUGAUUUGUUUGUUGGUGCUCAUGAGAUGCAACGGGACUGGAAUAUUCCCAAUCAUUUCAUAAUGAAACUGCAGAAUAGAGUAAUCUCCUUCCUUCUAUCUCUCUCGUGGCUGUUAUGUUUUAAACAUGUACACAAUUGAUAUAUGUGUACUGUUAAUGGUUAAUAAAUUAAAAAAAAUGUAUAUGUGCGUA